CAAAACGUGAACUGAUAAGCCGAACACAAUACAGAUAACAGCAAAAACUUACUUUCCCGAGUGACAAUCGUGCAAUAAAAAUGUCCCACUUGAAGAAAUAAUUAAGUAAUGUAACUAUGGUAGGAAUAACCAACAAAAGAUGGUUCAUAUUACUAGCAACGGCAACAACAACCAUGUUUCUCGUAAUGGUAAUCUACAAACCCAAGUACUACGAACCCAUAAUCAUCGAAAACAACAAAAUCGUACCCAUGUACGAAAACGUAAUCAACUUCUCGGAACCCAGGAUGUCGAAAAAACCGCUACAAAACUGGCGAGGACUGACCAAAAACCAAACCCACAGACUAUCAGUAUUAGGGCGAAUACUAUUCCUGCAGGAAGAUCCACCGCAACCGGCGAAACCCGACCACAAGUACCAAAUCUUGGUAUGGAAAUAUGGCAAGACCAUAGAAAACCGACACUUGAAAAGAUUCGGCAAAGAAGAGUUUGACCCGUUCGAAGACUGCUCGGUCCGCAACUGCGAAAUAACGUAUGAGGAUGCAGCUUUAACGACUGCAGAUCUAGUGAUCUUUCACCUCCAUCGUAUGAAAAAAGACGAUCUUCCGAAGAAACGCGGUCCGAAGGAGCAAAUUUGGGCUUUUUUGACCGACGAAAGUCCGAAUCACACCUUCCUGAAUAAGAACAACCUCACGAACUAUAACGGGUUGUUUAAUUGGUCGAUGACGUACAGGAUGGACUCGGAUAUUCCCGUGCCGUACGGACGGACAAUUCUACGACAAACCCCCCUAGACGAUACUUUCACCAUUAAUAAGCGAAAGGACGUUUUGGUGGCAAUUUUGGGGUCGAACUGUGGCGGCAAAAACAAGCGCUGGGACUACGUAAAAGAACUAAAGAAACAUAUCGCUGUGGACGUUUAUGGGGGCUGCGGCACGCUAAAGUGUCCCGGACACUUCAAAACCGACUGUCCAGCCAUCGACUCCUAUUUAUUUUACCUAGCUUUCGAAAACUCCAACUGUGAUGAAUAUGUAACCGAGAAGCUGUGGUGGAACGCCUUCGAGAAGAACUCCAUCCCGAUCGUGAUGGGGGCGACCAAAGAAAGUUACGCCAAACUUCUACCUCCAAAGUCGUACUUAAAUAUCGACGAUUACGCGCAACCCAAAGAUUUAGCCACCCAUAUUCACUACUUGAACAUGACGGGGCACUAUCGCGAGUAUUUCGAGUGGAAACGGGACUUUGAAGUGCUCAACGAGCACGGUUACUUCCAAAGCAAAUCGUAUCACUAUUGUAGGGUGUGUGAAGCGCUGAACUACAACACCAAGAACACGAAGAUAUACCAAGACUUGAGCGGGUUUUGGAGCGUGAGCAGGGACUGCCAUCCAGCGUGGAACGCUUAGUUUUGUAAAAAGUUGUUAUUUAUCAAUAAAUCCAAAGAUUGAG